AUGAGCAUUAUUCGACGGUGUGAAAUGUGUUUAGUAUGGACAACAGCAGCAGAGCUAAACAUCAAUCGGGAGCGGCAUACUGCAACUGUAUUGCAGAAUGGAAAGGUAUUGAUCACCGGUGGAUACAAUGACAAAGGAGUUCUUCGUGACUGUGAACUGUAUGAUCCAUCAAAAAAUCUAUGGGAACUCGCUACAGGCAUGUCUGUCGCAAGGGAAGAUCACACCGCAUCUUUGUUACGUAAUAGUUUAGUCCUAGUGACUGGCGGCGAAAAUUCUGAUGGAGAGGUUUCGACUGCUGAACUGUACAACGCAUCAGCGAAUACGUGGAUAAACACACGAAGCAUGGCCCAGGAACGAUCGAAGCACACAGCCACUGUACUACAAAGUGGAAAAGUGCUCGUUGCAGGUGGCCGCAACGAUGAAGGAAUGCCUCACGAUACUGCAAAACUAUACGAUCCUCAGACAGGUGUUUGGACAGCUACUCAAAACAUGAACUGCAGUCGUGCAUAUAAUCAAGCAUCGUUGCUAACAAAUGGAAAAGUACUAAUCACCGGUGGAUUGGAUUUUUGCUCCAUAGGUAUAUUCUCAAAGACGAGUGAGUUGUAUGAUCCGAGAGCAGAUGCAUGGAUCAGAACAAAUGACAUGAAAAUUGAUCGCUAUGGUCAUACAGCAACUGUGCUCCAAGAUGGAAGAGUGCUGGUAACUGGUGGACGUGGUCUAGUCGGAGAGAUGUGGAACUCGGCUGAAUUGUUCAACUCAUUGACGAAUAUAUGGACCACAACACGCAGUAUGAACACCCCACGCUGUACUCAUUCAGCAACUUUGUUACCAAACGGAAAAGUAUUAGUCGUUGGAGGACACCCCGAUCACUCUUUAGGCAGUGCUGAGGUGUACGAUCCAUCGACCGGCGCUUGGACAGCCACCGGUGACAUGAAAUAUCAUCGCUCUUAUCAUACAGCAUCUUUACUGACUAGUGGAAGAGUCUUGGUUGUUGGCGGAUCUUUUGGUCCUCGUGCUGAGAUCACAGAAGUAUACUAG